AUGCGACAGUUAGUACUCCCCUCCAUCCUUGUAGGGCUGCUGACUCAUGAGACCUCCUUCUGCAGCGCCCGCGUUCUCUCUCUUGGGGCCCAGGGGCCCCUACUGAGUGAUGCAGCAGAUUUGGGGUUUGCUGCUGUCGAUAGUGCUGAAGACCCAGCAGCAGCAGCAGCAGCAGCAGCAGCAGCAGCAGAGCCCGCUGCGAGCCCUAGAAGCAGCAGCAGCAGCUGCCGCAGCAGCCGGUGGCGGCCGGUGAAUCAGCUGCUGCUGACUCCCGGCUCGCUGCUUCCCUGUGAAGCAGACCCAGCAGCAGCAGCAGCAGCAGCAGCAGCAGUAGACCCAGAAGCAGCAGCAGCAGCAGCAGCAGAGCCAGCAGCAGCAACAGACGCAGCAGCAGCUUUGGCCGCUGUUCCCCUUGAAGAGCCUGCUGCCGCUGAGGCUGCGGACACAGCGCAGCACCCAGCAGCAGCAGCAGCAGUCGACAGCAGCAGCAGCAGCAGCAGCAGCAGCAGCAGCAGCAGCAGCAGCUGGUUCUCCACUUUCCUGCAGCACUUGGCCUACGCAGCAGCAGCACAGUCUGCUGCUGUCUCCGGCGUCUCAGUGUACUCUUCGCUGCUGCCAGCCGUCAGUCCCCCCGCUGCUGCUGCAGCAGACACGGCAGCAGCAGCAGCAGACGCAGCAGCAGCAGACACAGCAGCAGCAGCAGCAGCAGCAGCAGCAGCAAACAGCUGGCGGGACUGGGUCUCUGCCUUUUUUGCCAAAGUGGACCAAAAGCUGGAGGAAGGAGGGCCCGCCUUGUUUGCAGAAGUUUACGACUUCACUUUUGGCCUGGAGCCUCAGAUCAAGGAACCCUGGGAGUCUUCAGCGGCGCUCUGUAGUGCUGAAGGCCCCCAGUUCUGUAUCCUCCGCGCAGAGGCGGUGUCAGCUUGGAAUGAAGUAGGAUUUGAGGGCAUCGGGGCUGGGGCUGUAACUCAGGACCCCGAGGCAGCGCUUGAGGCGUUGCAGGGUUUAGGAGAAGAGUCUCAACAGUCUGCAGACGCGCGCAGACAUGCAGCAGCAGCAGCCGCAGCAGCAGCAGCAGCAGCAGCAGCAGCAGCAACAGGCUCAACUUAA